AUGUCUCACGUCGUAUUCGCUCCCUUCCCGCCUCCAAAGUCUGGCCUUGGUCGAUACCGAGUACUUUCCUCUCGCGCUGGGGUGCAUGUCUCCCCACUCCAACUGGGUGGAAUGAACAUUGGCGAUAAAUGGGCUUCGCUGGGUAUGGGAGCCAUGGACAAAGAGAGCAGUCUAAAGCUCCUAGACGCGUACUUCGAUCUAGGGGGAAACUUCAUAGAUACCGCAAGCAAUUACCAGGACGAGUCUUCGGAAAUAAUCAUAGGUGAAUGGGCCGAGUCGCGUGGCGUACGCGAUCAAGUAGUGAUCGCCACCAAGUACUCGACGCCGUACAAACGUUCUGAUGACACCAUCAAAAUCAAAGUCAAUCACGGCGGGAACUCAGUCAAGAACUUAAACAUCUGCGUAGAGGCCAGUCUAAAGAAACUUCGCACAACGUAUAUCGAUAUCUUGUAUGUUCACUUCUGGGAUUACUCGACGUCGGUAGAAGAGGUCAUGGAUGGGCUGCACCAUCUGGUAGCCCAAGGCAAAGUUCUGUAUCUGAUGCUUACUGGCAUCCAAGGGAUGGCUCUGGCCCCGUGGUUUGUACUCGCGGGCGGAAAAUUGCGCUCCGACGAGGAAGAAAGACGCAGGAGAGAGACGGGAGAGAAUGGUAGGACAUACAGCAAUCCGGACUGGGAACGAUCCCCGGCGGAAGUUGCAGCUUCGCGAGCCCUUGAAGAGGUGGCUAAGGAAGUCGGAGCUAAAUCUAUUUCGGCUGUUGCCAUAGCGUAUGUCAUGCACAAGGCACCAUACGUAUUCCCUAUCAUCGGGGGCAGGAAAAUCGAACACUUGCAAGCCAACGUGGAGGCAUUGGAGAUAUCCCUCUCUAAAGAGCAGAUCAAACGCCUGGAGAGUGUUGUCCCUUUCGAUCCUGGAUUUCCACAUAACAUCUUCGGCGAUGGCACCCAGUACAACAGGUUCAUCCUUUCAUCGGGUAACUUCGAUCCGCGACCGAUACUAGAGCCCAUCACUCCGUCAAAGGCUUAA